CCUCAUCGACACCUGUCAAACGCGUCGACCGUGACCGUUCGCGCGAUCAAUCGUUUUUUUUCCCCCCCCUUCCCCCACCUCCCCCCCCUCGAUCAGUGCGAACGCGGACGCUCCUUAUCAGUGAGAGGAUUUUCCAUCUAUGAGACGCUAGGAGAUCCAAGACUCCGGGACAGAGUGACUUAGUGAAGAGUAACGCGUGUCGAAUCGCGGUCCGAGAAUGACAGUAAUAAGGAUGACCUCCCCGGUGACGCCUCCAUCGACCAGUCCAGGCUCGAACGAGGCUCAGGCGCCCCAGGCGACCACGAAGCCGGUGCACCGGUUGAGUUUCUCCGUCGCUGCGCUGCUGGCCGACACCAAGAAGCCCUACGCCAGGCAGGAGACGUCCUCCGUGUCGCCUCGAUCAUCACCCAUCGCCACCUACUCGCCAGUAGCCGCGAAUUCCACGCUGCAAAGGUACCCGACCGACUACAGAACAAGGUAUCUCUCGUUAUCGCCGAACGUGCACGAUCUCAGGACGAGCCAGUACGCGUCCUGCGAGUCCUCGCGAAGCGCCAUCGACGCCAGAAUAUUCACCAGGUUCACAGAGUCCGAACUGGACAGGAUAGAGUCGCCGGGCAGGCGAUCCGCGUCCAGGAUCCUCGACUACGUCGUCCAAACGUCAACAGACUCCGCGUCGACGUCGGACGUGGCUUGCUCCGCGUCCCCCAAAGCCUCCACUCUCGGUCAGACGGAGUUUGGCUCACAGUCGCCGAGGAGCAGCUCGCACGAGGCUCGGUCCAGGUGCUCGGAGACGGAGGACAUCGAGGAGGAGGACGAGAACAGUCUGGUGGACGUGGAGGACCUGCAGCACCAGCAUGGGAGCAGCCCGACGCCGGUCAGACCGACGCCAGCGUACAUAGCCGGAUUUUCAAGCCUGGGUAGCAUCUCCGGGAUCCCGGCCAGCCUUCAUCCGGCGGUUUGGGGAGGCGGUCAUCAGGGUGCAGCCGCGGCCGCAGCCGCCGCCGCCGCCGCCGCCACGGCAAGCUUCUUCCCCUCGCAUUUCUCUCAUCACGCGCCUCUAAACGAGAACGGCGAGCCGGCCAAGAUCAAGUGCAACCUGAGGAAACACAAGCCGAACCGGAAGCCCAGGACGCCUUUCACCACGCAACAAUUGCUGGCGCUCGAGAAGAAGUUCACGGAAAGGCAAUACCUCAGCGUGGCGGAGCGAGCCGAGUUCUCGUCCUCCCUGCACCUCACCGAGACCCAGGUGAAGAUCUGGUUUCAAAACCGUCGGGCAAAGGCGAAGCGCAUGCAGGAAGCGGAGAUUGAGAAAUUGAGGAUGUCAGCGGUCAGGCAACAUCACACGGCGCUGUACGGUUCUCAUCCGGGACUGCUGGCCACGGCGAGCCUCUACCCGGUCGGAAUGCUGUCUCAUCCCGGUUUAACGCCGCAUCAUUCGAUCUCUCAGCACCCGUCCAGGGAAUGAAAACGACCGGGGGACCCGGAGACUCGGUAGUGAACCGACCUGACCCACCUCCAAAGAGCCUAUUCCGACGGACUCCUCGGGAAAUGGAUGGAACGAAAGGUAAAACCGAGAAACGGAUACGGAUCGACGUCGAAUCGAAACCGGGACCUCGUUCGCCAUCCGUACGAAAUCACGGAUACGAGCGGAGCAAAGCUGGGACGAGGGUAAUGGAAACUCGAAGAUGCGGAAUCUGUGCCAAUCUCGGGCACGCGUGAUCGACGCGUGUCCUGUACAUAGUGUGUAAAUAAUCGUCGUUCUCGAACACAAAGAAUGGGUAUAGUUUCUACGCUCGAGAAUUCACGGGACCCGUGGACGGAAGCCAUCGGGCCAUUUUCCAAUUUUGUAUAAAUAUAAAACCGUCGUCGAGAGAAGUUAGAAGCCGUUUAUUUAAUAAAUCGUAA